AUGGCCGACAACCAUGUGGCUGGUCAGAAUGAAGCCGAGGUAACGAGCAAGGGCGAUACCAGAAUGGCUCCUGGCUCAGUUGACGAGGAAAUGAAGGAGGAUGGAUUCUUGCCAGUUGUGGUCUCGGACCUUAUCAAACCACAGCCGAACAACAUCACCAGGCCACUUCAUUCACGACAACAAACACCUCAGGGAGAGCUGAAAAUGAAUUCACCCCUCACCUCUGCAAAACACCCAUCAACGCCAUCAGGUACUCGACUAGCAGUCCACAUCCGAUCUUCCUCAGCAACCCCCCGCGCUCCCUUCACCCAGCCCUAUCGAGGCGGAACAGCUGUCCUCUCAGAUCGGGCCCGGAAACCGCCGCCACCAAAAUCACAGCAACAACAAAUAGCAACAAUGGCGAAAAAGGGAGAUAAAGUCACCGAUGCACUCGCCUUCAAUGAAAGCAGGGGCGAAGGACCGGCACUUCAGACUAAGAAGAGGGGCCGACCCAAGGGCUGGAAGCCGGGCAUGUCAUACGCAAGCUCGAGCGGCGACACCAAUGCGCGCGAGCCUAAGAAGAAGAAGGAGGCAGCAGCAGCUAACGGCCAAGGUCAGGAACCGAAGCGCCGCGGCCGUCCACCGCGCGCCCCAGAGCCGUCAGCCCGAAAUCAGUAUCUACGCUCGAAUCCGGAGUACCAGCCCUACAAGUGCGAGUGGAUAGCCGACGGGCCGAUCUCGCCCUGUCCGGCGGAGCUGCAGAACAUGGAGACGUUGCGCAAACACGUCUCGUUCAUCCACGGCGAUGCCCACCCCCUUAUCUGCAGGUGGCCGAAGUGCGCCCAGAAGGAUGCGCCGGUGCAGUUCGCGACCCCGGAGGAGUUUGAUGAGCACAUCGAGGAGGAGCACUUCCAAUGGUAUCUGUGGCACAUGGGCGAGGGCUACCAAAACGAGGGCGUCGGCACGCUCGAGCGGGAUGACGCCAAGUUGCCGCUUUACCUCUUCGACAAGGAUGGCAGGCAGGUCACGCCGUCGGUACGCGGGCAGCAGGAGGAGAACGAUCAGCAGUACAAGGAGAGGAAGCGACGGCUGAAGAAACUGCUGAUUCAGCAGAACGAGAAUGCUGUUUCCGAGGACGACUAUCUGAAGCAGGCGAUGGGGAUUUCGGGGUGA